UGACAGUUCCUGGUACCAUCUUCAGUUUAAAUCUCGCGAAGGAAGUGGAAGAUAGUUUGUUUUGUUUUCGCCACCAGUUUUCCACACAAAUGGGGGACAGUCGACGACGUGUUUUGGAUCUCUACAAACGGCUGCAGUACAUGGGCCGCGAGUAUCCGGGCGGUCCGGACAAAUUUCGCCAGCGCUGCUACAACGCCUUCAAGCGCCAGAGCACCGAGACGGAUCCGGAGAAAAUUGAGAAAGCGAUCGGACUGGGCGAGUAUGUCGUCAAAGAGAUCGAGGCCCUGUACAGCCUGCGGAAGUACCGCGCCAUGAAGCGACGAUAUUACGACGAAAAAUGAUCAUCAAUCGCACAACAGAUGAUCUGCUGAAGGAAGACACUAGCGAUUGCGGUGGUGAUAAGGCACCGUCGUUAGAUAGAUUGAUAUGACCUUCACGAUAAGGAUGGCAAAAACAAAAUGUGAGACGGCAGUUUUAACUGAAGCUUUACAGCUAACUUUUGAGUACGCUAACGCAAGCUUGUAUGUAUAUAAUUGAUAGUUUUUUCAAAGCAAUAAAAUAUGUACAUUUUAUUAGACGAUGUA